AUGAAAUCAUUGCUUAAGAAGAAUAUUAAACAAGAUUAUACUAUUGAAUUUAAACAGAUAUCUGGUGUCGGGGUACCUGAAGGUACUGAAGUUGUCCUAAAAUGGAGAAGAGGUGAAAAGAAAGAAAAUAAAGGUUCUAUUGAAAAGGCUCAGGUCCAUGGUAGUAAUGUUCUUUACUCUCCAGUACAAACUGUAAAUAUCCACUGCACUUUAUUCCUUACUAAAAAUGGUUAUGAAGAAAAAGGACUUGAAGUUUCUCUUCACUCUAUUGGUAAAAAAGGGAAAGAACUUUGUAAAGGAUACGUUGACUUAGCACAUUAUGCAGAUUUAAAUGGUGUUGGUAAAGAUAUUUCCCUUCCUCUAAAAGGAAAAGUUCCAGCCACAGUUGAUAUGAAAAUUACUUCUCUCAUUGGUGAGGCUGGUGGAAGUUCUGAUGAAACAGAAGUUCUUCACAUGAACCAAUCAUCUAAUAUUACUUCUACUACAGACAUCCAUGAAUUACUUGUACAACAAGUUGAUAAAAAGAACCAUGAGAUUAAAAAAGAAGAAAAAGUUGUAAAAGAAGAGAAUGAAGCAGAAGAUUCAAAGAAGGAUAAUGUUGAUGAAGAAAAAGAAGAAGAAGAACUUGUUGAAAAGCAAAGAAAACAAAAAGAAAUUCAAGAACAAGAAGAGGCUGCAAGACAAAAACAAUUAGAAGAACAACAAAAAGAAUCAGCUGCUUUAAGUGAUAAGUCUAAAGAAAAAUCAGAUAAGGCAAAAGAAAAGAACUUAUUUGCAGCAGCAAUGUCUGAUGUUAAAAUUAAAGGUAAAAAAGAUAAGGAUAAGAAAAAAUUUAAACAAGAAGAUAUUGAUAAAGCUGUUGAGCAAGCCCUUGCAGAAAAAAAACAAAAACAUCAUAAAAAAGUUGCUGAUUUAAAAGCUCAAAUAGAAACUCUCAAAGCUGAAAAAGAUAAAGAAAUAGAAGAUGCAGUUAAAGAAAAAGAAACUCAAAUAGAAGAGUUGAAUAAAAAGAUUGAAGAAGAGACAAAAGAAAAAGAAGCUGUUAAAGCUUCUUUAGCAAUUUCAGUUGCUGCUGAAGCUACACUCAAAGCAGAAGUUGAAAAGAAAGAUCAAGAAUUAAAGAGUAAGGGUGAAGAAUUAGAAAAAGAAAAGGAGGAACAAGCAAAGAAAAUUGAAGAAAUUGAAAAAGAGAAAGAAGAACAAGUAAAGAAAGUUGAAGAGUUAGAAGGAGAAAGGAAUAAUGAAAAACAAAAAGCAGAACAAUUAGAAAAGAAGGUUAAUGAUUCUGAGAAAGAGAACAAUGAAUUAAAAGUUCAACUUGAAGAUUUACAAAAGAAAUUAGAAGAAACUGAAAAGAAUGCUGCUGCAGGUUCUGAAGAGUUAUUGAAACAAAAGAAUGAAGAGAUAGAUAAUAUUAAGAAAGAAAAAGAAGCUUUGUUGAAAGAAAAUGAACAAUUGAAACAACAAAUUUCUAGUGCUGAAGAGAAUUCAAGUAGUCUUAUAGAAAAUGAAAAGAAGGAGAAAGAAGAUUUGAAACAUCAAAACGAAGAAUUAAAACAACAAAUUGAAGAACUUAAAGAAGAGAACAAUAAAAAAGAACGAGAGUUAGCAGAAAAAGAAGUUGUUAUUGUUUCACUUCAAAAAUCAUCUGAAGAAGCUAAUAAAAAAGCCAAAUCAUCAUCUUCUUCAUCAGAUGAAGAAGAGAAUGAGACAAAAGAGAAUGGAAAGUUAAUUAAAAAAUUAAUGAUCAGAUAUUCUAAAUAUAAUAAUAAAUAUGAUAAUAAUAUUCCUUUCUUGGCAGAUGAAAUUAAAGUAUUAUUAAAGGGUAAUAAUGAAAUUAUUGAGCUUGACCAUUUAAAGAGUGUUGGAGACAACACUUUUGAUAAUACAUUGUAUAUGUUAUUAACAUUUGCAAAUCUUUCAAAUAAUUAUGUUGUUAAAAAAGUUGAACGUGAUGGUAGUCUUAAUACUCAACUUCUUGAUCUUGAAUAUUUCUUCUUUAUUAAAGCUAUUGUUGCUUCUACUAUGAAACUUAAUGGUUUCCUUGAAAGUAUGAUGAAAGAUAAUCAAUGCUUUGAAAGAAGAAAAGCAGCUGAAUUUGAACAAGUAACUGCUGGUUAUGUUCCAAAGUAUUUAAGUGAUAUUUUGAAUAAACUCGAAUCUAUGGGCAUUAAAGAAGAAUUAGUACAACAAUUAAUGAAACAAAUUGUUAACUAUAUUGCAAUUCAUGUCAUUGAACUUCUUGUAGAAAAUGAUAAAUUAGUUAAUUGUGCUAAAGGACUUCAAUUAAAAUUCUUCUUCAGUAUUAUGGAAGCUGAAAUGUCUGAUAUUAAAAAAUUAAGUCCUUAUAGAAAGUACAUUCAACCUGCAAUUGAAGUAAGCGGAUUAUUGGUAUUGGAUCACUCAGCAGAUAAAUUUGACUAUCAAGGAUUAAAACAAACCCUUCCACAUUUGACUGGAAGUACUAUUUAUGCUAUUCUAUCACGAUUUAAAUCUGAUAGUUUGAACCAUCAAUCUAUUGACCAAUCUGUUUUAAGCAAAAUAGAAAAAGACGAUGCACCUUUCCCAUCUGCUCUUGAUUUAAUUGAAUAA